AUGAAUAAUAAUAAUAAUAAUAAUAAUAAUAAUAAUAAUAAUAAUAAUAAUAAUAAUAAUAAUAAUAAUAAUAAUAAUAAUAAUAAUAAUAAUAAUAAUAAUAAUAAUAAUAAUAAUAAUAAUAAUAAUAAUAAUAAUAAUAAUAAUAAUAAUAAUAAUAAUAAUAAUAAUAAUAAUAAUAAUAAUAAUAAUAAUAAUAAUAAUAAUAAUAAUAAUAAUAAUAAUAAUAAUAAUAAUAAUAAUAAUAAUAAUAAUAAUAAUAAUAAUAAUAAUAAUAAUAAUAAUAAUAAUAAUAAUAAUAAUAAUAAUAAUAAUAAUAAUAAUAAUAAUAAUAAUAAUAAUAAUAAUAAUAAUAAUAAUAAUAAUAAUAAUAAUAAUAAUAAUAAUAAUAAUAAUAAUAAUAAUAAUAAUAAUAAUAAUAAUAAUAAUAAUAAUAAUAAUAAUAAUAAUAAUAAUAAUAAUAAUAAUAAUAAUAAUAAUAAUAAUAAUAAUAAUAAUAAUAAUAAUAAUAAUAAUAAUAAUAAUAAUAAUAAUAAUAAUAAUAAUAAUAAUAAUAAUAAUAAUAAUAAUAAUAAUAAUAAUAAUAAUAAUAAUAAUAAUAAUAAUAAUAAUAAUAAUAAUAAUAAUAAUAAUAAUAAUAAUAAUAAUAAUAAUAAUAAUAAUAAUAAUAAUAAUAAUAAUAAUAAUAAUAAUAAUAAUAAUAAUAAUAAUAAUAAUAAUAAUAAUAAUAAUAAUAAU